UCAACUAAGUGCAUCGCUAUUAUCAGCUACUCAACUUGUGUGGAAUAUUGAAAUACGGAACAAUCGAAAUAAAAUACUUAGGAGGUUUAAAGAACAAUCUUGUAAAGAAACCGAGUGAACGGUAAUCAUGGCAACAUUUAUACGAGAGUUACCGUUAUUAGUUUGUCCAAAAGAAUGUUUAAAAGUGUAUUUAGAUGAUUUUAAUUUUUUCCACAUGGAAUGUUUCAAAGCAACGCUAAGCAAAACUCUAGGUUUAGCAAUCAUUUCUGGUUCUGUACUUGUCAAACUGCCACAAAUUUUAAAAAUUUUUCAAAAUAAAAGUGCUCAGGGAAUAAACAUUAUUAGUAUAUUGUUAGAAUUAUUUGCCAUUACUGCUACAGCGGCAUAUAGUUUUGUUAAUGGAUUUCCUUUUAGUUCUUGGGGUGAAGCAGUUUUCUUAGCCUUACAAACAGUUACAAUUGCCUGCUUAGUAUUUUAUUACUGUAAUGGAUUAACAAAGACAACAACAUUUGUCUUUGCCUAUUUGUCAAUAAUAAUUGCAAUCGGUACUGGUCUGACACCUAUCAAAGUAUUAUGGUUUGCACAAACUUUAAAUAUUCCAAUUAUUUUACUUAGUAAGAUAAUACAAGGUUAUACAAAUUAUUCUAAUGCUAGUACUGGACAGUUAUCUGCUGUUACCAUUUUCAUGUUGUUCUUUGGAUCUCUAGCAAGAAUUUUUACAUCCAUUCAAGAAACUGGAGAUAAAACAAUAAUUAUUAUGUAUGUAUGUUCAACUAUAGCAAAUGGAAUCAUUGUUUCGCAACUUCUUUAUUAUUGGAAUGUAUCAGAAAGAAAAGUUGUAAAAUCAAAGAAGUUAAAGUGAUAGUAUUUUUACUCAUUAUACUUGGAUACCUUAUCUUAUUUAUUAACCAGAAAAUACAUUAUUUUUGUUUGAUCAAGGU